GGCGCUCAUACCAGGUUCCUUAUUAGUAAAUUGAAAAAAAAAAACCGCUCUUGUUUGAUAUUCGCGCACAACCAUUUGAUAAAGCGUGAAUCUGACGUGGCUUCGAAUGGAUUGUUUAACGCCGUUGCCAUGGAAACAGAAUCUUUGCGCCGCGUAACUCGACCGUAAUUUUGAUUGACGGAUGAAACGCCGCCCAGGAGACGCGGAGACUCAAGUAUUCCCACAGAUGUCGGCGUCCACACGGCGACAACAAAGUUGAGAGUGAGAGGACGUAGUUCAUGGCCAACAGCAGCACCUGAAGACGCUUCUCCGCUUAGAAACCUCGCCAUGGACGUGCUAAAAUCAGCCAGAAGGGCUUUUAUUCGCAGUCCCAGCCUGACCAAACAGUCCCGGAGCUCAGGCAAACACCAGAAGCUCCCUGAGAACUGGACUGACACGAGAGAGACUCUUCUGGAGGGAAUGACCUUUAACCUUCGGCAUCUGGGCAUGACUCUGGUGGACCAACCCAAAGGCGAGGAGCUCUCAGCCGCUGCUGUCAAGAGGAUUGUUGCCACUGCCAAAGCCAGUGGGAAGAAACUGCCCAAAGUGGCCCUGAAAGUGUCUCCUCAGGGAAUCGUCCUGUGUGACAUUGUGUCCAACCAGCUGAUCGAGAACAUUUCCAUAUUCAGGAUAUCAUACUGCACAGCUGACAAGAUGCAUGACAAAGUGUUUGCUUUCAUCGCCCAGAACCAGCAGAAUGAGACACUGGAGUGCCACGCAUUCCUCUGUGCCAAACGGAAAGUGGCCCAGGCGGUCACACUCACGGUGGCUCAGGCCUUCAGAGUGGCCUUCGAGUUCUGGGAGGUUGCCAAAGAAGAGAGAGAGAACCGUGUGAAAUGGGAUUCAGCUGGAGAGACGUCCAACAGUUCACAGUCAGAGAGAUCGGUCAGCCUGAACAGCCUUAAAGUAGGAGCAGUAGCUACAGAGAACCUGUUGGACAUUGAUGAUUACUCAUCUGCUGUGGAAAAUGUGGACAAUCCUACCGAAUCCAACAACAACAGCACCACCCUAUGGGAGAUGGAUGAUGGUCUGGAAGAGGCUUUUUCAAGCUGCAGUUUGGAUAGCUAUGAGUACUCUCCAGACUCGCUGAGUCUCGUACUAACCCCCAGGUCCUGGACAUUGGGGUGAUGCCUCAGGACUGGAACUCUGAGACCGACUGGGACAAGACCAAUGGAAACGCACCAAACGCCGAUGAGCUCUUCAGUCUCUGAGCACAGAUAGGUUUGUGGAAGGAAGUAGAUCCGGGAACCUCAUGCAGGAGUCUUCUGCCAGUCGGGAAAGUGGCACACUGGUCCUUCUUGUCCCGAUCAUCUGGUCCAUCACACCAAAGCAAUAGCAGAUGAGUUUAUUUUUAAAAAAAAAAAAAAAAAAAAAAAAAACCCUAUACUAUAACUGAGUUUACAUGCUUUAUUUUUAUCAAUCAAAUUGUAUACAGAAUAAUGUAUGUAGAUACCAGAGUCAGUAUUGUUUCAUGUAUGUUUAUCAUAUGAAAUGUAACAUUGUGUAUAUUCAGGUGCACUGUAGAGUUACUUUAAGGUCUAACCCUGUAGUUUGCUGCUUUGAGAUUCAUUUAUCACCACAAUGCUCUUCUUUAAUGAUAAAUUGGCGUUAAAUUGACAGUACAGCUUAUCUUUAGUGUCUUAUGAGGCUUGUGAAUAAUAUUUUGAUAUAUUUACAUAUUAUUUUUUAUUUAAUCCAGACUGUAUGAUUGUUAUAACACCCAAAGGGGCCAUUUAAUAUUUCUCUAAAAAAAUCUAAUAAAAGUGUUAAUAUUAUCUAAGAAUUAA